AUGCCAACGACUUCAUUAUCAUCAAUAUCAUCGAAUAAUAUCAAAGACUCAAAAAUUAAUGAUAAAAUGACAACAGCAAAUGAAAAUUUAUCACCUGUAAUCAAAACAACGAGUAUUAAAGAUAAUUUUGAUAAUAAUAGUACAACGACAAAUGUUACAGCAACAAUAUCAACAACAACAACAGUAACAACUACGACAACUACAUCAUCGACAACUGCAAUAAGAUCAACAAAAGAUGCAUUAGCUGCUUCAACAUCAUUUACAUCACCUGAUAUUAUAACAUCAACAUCAUCAUCUUCAUUAUCAAUAUUACCAUCAUCAUCAUUGUCAUCGUCAGCUAUUAAUAAUGAUAAAAGCCAAUUAAAUAAAAAUAUAAAAUCAACAACAGUUAACAUAAAUCAACAAUCGAAUUUAUUUAAUAAUUCUUUUAAUAAUGAUCAACAACAAAUGCAACAACAACAUUCAGUUAAUUAUGAUGAAUUAAUUGAUAUUAUUAUUGCAUUAACAGCAACAACAACAGCAACAACAACAACCGCAUCAGAUCAAAUUAAAUCAAAUAUUCAACAACAGAAUCAACAACAAACUGAUUUUGAUAUAAAUGAAUAUACUGGGGAAUUAGAUCGUUUAAAAUAUUUGCAAGAGCAAGGUAAAUUACCGAUACGUGCUGAUGAAUUUAAUAUAAAGACAUAA